AUGCAUAACAAAGGGACCGGUCCGGUGUGACCCUCCUUCCCUCCCCUCCCGGUUGGCGCAGUGAACCGUACGCUCUCUCUCAUCCCUUCCCGUCAUGCAGCGCUCUUGCCUGCUCCUCCGUCGAGCCGCCAUGUUGUCGGAGUGAAAGCCUGGGGUGUUAGAGAGAAACUGGGGCUGAAAUCCGCGACCAUCCACCCUCUCCGCCGGCUGUGGUGGAAUGAGCAGUGUGUGUGUGUUGAAGAGGAAAGCAGUGCUCUGGCAGGAUUCAUUCAGCCCCCACCAUAGAAGUACUUCUCCCAGCAUGCCCGUGGUGCUGAGCAGCGGAGGACAUGCCCCUCCAACUGGGCAGACCCCUCAGGCCACACCCCCCAGCCAGCAGGGUGUGGCGGGCGCUGGACGUUCCCAGGACGAUGCCAUGGUAGACUACUUCUUCCAGCGGCAGCAUGGCGAACAGCCCGGCAAACAUCGCUGGCCCACUGGAGACAACAUCCAUGACAGCCAGGUGCGCUCCAUGGACGAGCUGAACCAUGACUUCCAGGCUCUCGCUCUUGAGGGACGCGCUAUGGGAGAGCUGCUAACUGGUAAGAAGUUCUGGGAAACAGAUGACUCUGGGAAGGAUGGACCAAAGGGGAUCUUCCUGGACCAGUGGAGGGACAGUGCAUGGGGGGCUUCAGAUCACUCGGUGUCUCAGCCAAUCAUGGUGUCCCGUCGGCCAGGGCAAGGUUUCCAUGGCGGUGGUGAAGUCGGGGUGGGCUCUGUGAUGUCUCCACGGUCUGAGAGCGGAGGGCUCGGGGUUAGCAUGGUAGAGUACGUUCUGUCCUCCUCACCGGCUGACAAACUGGAUUCCUGUCUUCGAAAAGGACCCUAUGGUCAGAGGGAUGGAGAGGUGGAGGAGGAAAAGAGGGAGAAGCCAAAGACGACGUUUGAGGGAGAGAAACUAAAAGAGUUAACGGAAGGUGAAUCUGAUGUGAUCAGCGAUGUCAUCAACCCGAAUGGGCUGCCUGUACAGAACGGCCUCGACGUGGACGUCAAAGAGUUUGGUCGCCCCCCGGGCAGCAUGCCGGCUCCCGGCCCAGAGGGUGAUCUGCUGGGUGGUCCCGGGGGCGUAGGGCCUGAGGGUUUGACACCCCUGGGAGGUGGCGGAGUUCCCAAACCUCCUGAUGACUUUUCUGGCGUGGAACAAGGUGGUGUUACCAUGGACCCCAUGGAGUCUGUGAUGGAGCCGCUUCAGUUUGACUACAAUUCUCAGAUGCCCAUGGACUCUGCACCCACUGUGGGCCUAUUUGAUUACACUAACCAGCAGCAGCUGUUUCAGAGAAACAAUGCCCUAGCAGUGCAGCAGUUAACAGCAGCCCAGCAACAGCAGUACGCACUGGCAGCCGCACAGCAGCCUCACAUUGGUCUGGCUCCAGCAUUUGUGCCCAAUCCUUACAUCAUCAGUGCUGCGCCGCCAGGGACAGACCCAUACGCAGCGGGCCUAGCAGCAGCAGCUACACUCGGUCCAGCAGUGAUGCCCCCCCAGUACUACGGUGUGACCCCCUGGGGUGUCUAUCCAGCCAACCUUUUCCAGCAGCAGGCUGCUGCAGCCAACAGUUCAGCCAAUCAGCAGGCAGCAGGCCAGGGCCAGCAGAACCAACAGCAGGUGAUGCGUGCUGGAGGAAAUCAGCGACCUUUGACCCCUAGCCAAGGGCAACAGGGUCAGCAAAAUGACCAGCUGGUGGCAGCAGCAGCAGUCAACUCAGCCCUCGCCUUUGGGCAGGGGUUAGCAGCAGGAGUACCCGGGUAUCCAGUAUUGGCGCCCGCAGCCUACUAUGAUCAGACAGGGGCCCUGGUGGUCAACACGGGAGCCAGGAGUGGCCCCGUCCGCCUCAUGGCCCCCGCCUCCGUCAUCAUAUCGCCUUCUGCAGCACAAGCAGUUGCUGCUGCAGCAGCCUCUGCUGGUGGUGCCAACGGCGGUCUUGGUGGCGGGGCUAACGGUCCUUUCCGUGCCAUGACAUCCCAGCAGCCUCAGCAGCAGGGUGGCCCCGGUGGCGCUCUGGGAGGAAGUUCCUUCUACGGAUCCUCGUCCCUUAGCUCCUCUUCCCAGAGCUCCUCUCUGUUCUCACAAGGCUCUGCCCAGCCUGGACCAGGGUCUGCCUCCUUGGGCUUCAGCCAGCAAGCCUCAUCCUCUCUCGGUGCCACUCUGGGGGCCACGCUGGGAGGGUUUGGCACUGCAGUGGCCAACUCGAGUGGUGGCAGUGGCUCAAGACGGGACUCAUUGACAGGCAACAGCGAUUUGUAUAAACGCACACCUUCCAGCCUCACCCCGAUUGGUCAUGGAGGAUUUUACAACGGCACCCUGGGCUUCAGUCCAUCCCCUGGCCCUGUGGGCAUGCCUUUACCCAACCAGGGGCCUUCCCAUUCCCUCACACCUCCACCCUCCCUGUCCAAUCACAGCUCCUCAUCCAACCUCAAUCUUGUCCCCUUUCUCUCUGACGCCUCAGGAGGCCUGACCAAUGGCAGUGGGCGUUUCAUCUCCGCAGCUCCAGGAGCCGAGGCCAAGUACCGCAACGCCGCCAGCUCGGGCUCCUCCCUCUUUUCCCCCAGCAGCCAGCUCUUCCCAUCAUCACGGCUACGUUACGGCAUGUCGGACGUGAUGCCAUCAGGCCGGAGCCGCCUGCUCGAGGACUUCAGGAACAACCGCUAUCCCAACCUGCAGCUCCGAGACAUCGCCGGCCACAUCAUGGAGUUCAGCCAGGAUCAGCACGGCAGCAGGUUUAUCCAGUUGAAAUUGGAGCGAGCCAGUUCAGCAGAGCGCCAGCUCGUCUUCAGCGAGAUCCUGCAGGCGGCCUACCAGCUCAUGGUGGAUGUUUUUGGGAAUUACGUCAUCCAGAAGUUCUUUGAGUUUGGCAGCCUGGACCAGAAGCUGGCUCUCGCUGAGAGAAUCCGAGGUCACGUGCUGUCUCUGGCCCUGCAGAUGUACGGCUGCAGGGUCAUUCAGAAAGCUCUGGAGUUCAUCCCCUCGGAUCAGCAGGUUAUUAGCGAGAUGGUGCGGGAGCUAGACGGCCACGUGCUGAAGUGCGUAAAGGACCAGAACGGUAACCAUGUGGUGCAGAAGUGUAUCGAAUGUGUCCAGCCUCACGCGCUGCACUUCAUCAUCGAAGCCUUUAAGGGACAGGUCUUCGCCCUCUCCACUCACCCUUACGGCUGCCGAGUGAUCCAGCGCAUUCUCGAACACUGCCUCCCCGAGCAGACGCUGCCCAUAUUGGAGGAGCUCCAUCAGCACACAGAGCAGCUAGUGCAGGACCAAUAUGGCAACUACGUGAUCCAGCACGUUUUGGAGCAUGGCAGAGCCGAGGAUAAGAGUAAAAUUGUGGCUGAAAUCAGAGGCAAUGUACUGGGACUCAGCCAGCACAAGUUUGCCAGCAAUGUGGUUGAGAAGUGUGUUACCCAUGCGUCACGGGCAGAACGGGCCGUACUGAUAGAUGAAGUGUGCAGCCUGACUGAGGGCCCCCACAGUGCCUUAUACACCAUGAUGAAGGACCAGUACGCCAACUAUGUGGUGCAGAAGAUGAUCGAUGUGGCCGAGCCAACGCAGCGCAAAAUCGUAAUGCAUAAGAUCCGGCCUCACAUUUCCACACUGAGGAAGUACACGUAUGGAAAACACAUCCUCGCCAAGCUCGAGAAGUACUACAUGAAGAACGGCGUCGACCUGGGUCCUCUCUGCGGCCCUCCUAAUGGCAUCAUGUAAACUGAACCCCCUCCUCCUCCCCCACCCCAAAAUCAUGUCUACCACCUCCCCACCCUUCAGCUCACCUUCCUCAUGCCUUCAUGUCUACCCCACCCACCCCCUCGUCUGACCCUUCAGAAAGCAUCAUGCCCACUUCACCCCACCAAAUCCUCAUAGAGGACAUCGUGUACCCCUCCCACCACUGUUUCCAUGACAACCCUUCGGGAGGAGCCUGUUGCUACAGGCAGCCUUAGUUGGUGGGUUGGGUUUUUUCUUCUUUUUUUUUCGUGGUUGGAUUUUUGGCACCCCUCCCCCCACUGGACUCCAGUCUGUAAACUGGGUGCAGUGGAAGGCAGCGACGGUGGCAGGAGGGGGUGAACAAGGAGAGGUGAGACCCACUCUACUCACCCCACUCCUCCUUUUCUUUUCUUUUUUUUUCUUUUUUUCCUUUUUUGCUUCUGAUAAACUCAAAAGAUAAAUCUUUCACUUUUUGCUACUGCUGCAUACACAAUCCUAGAGCCCCCUCCUCCUCCUCCUCCUCCUCUCAUUCUAGCUAUUUACCACUAUGAGAUGGAACGAGUAUUUAAUUUGUCUGACGUCCCCGAAUCAUAGACAGACACACACACACAGACACACACAUGCGCGCGCGCCACCAUCAGCUAACCAGCAGACAGAUCAUUUAGCAUGGGAGAUUCGUUUUCUGGUCUUGCUUCUAUAAAUAUAACGUGUAUACUUGGUGUAGACCUUUGCAUAUAUAUAUAUAAAUAUAUAUAUAAAACUUUGUAGUUUUUCUGGUUUUUGAUGUUGAAUCUGUAUCUAUAAUGUAUCCUAGUAGUGACCACAUACUUCUGACUGUAUAAUUGUACAUUUGUAAACCCUUGUAAUGUAAAAGUGCUUUACCACCCUUUUUUGGUAUGAGAAGAAGAAAAAAAAAAGAAAAAAAAUCUCACUCUGGGGGACAAAAAAAAGGAAAAAAAAAAAACUGUGCAUUUCAGUGUAUAUUCUCACCUCCUUGGUUGUGACAUAUGAGUUGUUGUAUAUUGUAAAUUGUAAUAUCAAAUUUUGUUUUGAAAAGCCCUUUCUAUACAGCGUUGUACUUGUACAAAGAUUCGCCACGCUUGGUUUUAUCUUUAUCUCGUCACUGCUUAACUUAAAGACGUCGAUCUCCCGCCGACUCCCAAUUGGACACGUUCGGAUAGAUUAGUGGUGUCUUCUGGUUUGUUUUUUGUUUGUUUGUUGUUUUGGUGGGGAGGGGGGGGGACUUUUUGACCUUUUUUAAGAUCUUUUUAUAGGAAUGCUUUACCCCAUGAAAUGUGUCAUGUGUUUUGAGUACGCUGGCUGGGUGGGAGAAAUAACUUUUACUCAUUUAAACCCCCCUUCCCCUUCUCCCCCCAAACUCCUCAGUUACCCAUGACUGUUUUCAGGGGUAAACGCGUGGAUUGUACAGAGGAGACUCUUGUGUUUUUUGGCAUUUUCUCUAGUGCUGUAAGUGCUGUAUCAUACUGUCCAUGUCCUUUUGGGUGAGAGAGAGGCCGCCCGCCACAGCGCGGUGUACAUUUGGAGCAGCCUUGUGUAUAUUUACUACGAGCACACCUGUAACCAUAUGUGUAUAGUUAACAGAACCUGUGUAUGCUUAUUGCCUGGGCAACUAUUUUUUGUAACUCCUGUUGUAGAUUGUCUCUAAACAAUUGUGUGAUCUUUAUUUUGAAACCAAACUGAACAAAAAAAAAAAAACUUUGAAAAUUUA